AUGGCAGCUGCUCGAUCAGGAGCCAAGCAACUUCAAUUCAAGCUGGUCUUGCUGGGUGAGCGACUUGCGCCAGAUUCAACACCUCUUCUUGACUAAUGGAAGCGCGUCCCGUUUGUUGUCCAUCAUGCAGGCGAAAGUGCCGUUGGAAAGUCCAGGUAAGCCUGGCAGCGCCGCAACAGGUGCAUCUUCUUCAGAUCACUGAUCACAACCAACUUCUCUUUCCUGCAGUCUUGUGCUCAGAUUUGUCAAGGAUCAAUUUGAUGACUACAGAGAAAGCACAAUCGGAGGUGAGAGCCCUGUUCAGGUCAGCAACCUACAAUUGUGCUUCGACUGGCCUGCUCAAUCUUUGUCCCUCGACAGCUGCUUUUUUGACGCAGACCGUUAGCCUGGAUGAGUCUACCACUGUCAAAUUUGAGAUUUGGUAAGAAGACUUGGAAUCAACGAGAAGCGACUGAAGGAUUACCUGCGGAACCGUCACUGACCGUUUGCUGCUGCAUUUCAGGGACACUGCCGGUCAAGAGAGAUACAAGUCGCUGGCCCCUAUGUAUUACCGCAACGCAAAUUGUGCUGUCGUAGUGUACGACAUCACACAACAAGUGAGUGCUAUGGAUGGACUAAAAAAAACGCUGCGCAAAUGCUGGAAUCGCGCGUGGCCAGCUCGGCAGCUCAAUUUGGUAGCUUCACUGUGGGAGAUACUGAUCUCGUGUAUGCGCUUGCCUCACCACCCAAGUCUUCUCUUGAGAAGGCCAAAGCCUGGAUCCGGGAAUUGCAGCGUCAAGCGGAUCCGAACAUCAUCAUCGCACUGGCGGGCAACAAGGCGGAUCUUGCGAGCAGACGAGCGGUGCCCACAGAGGUGAGGCAGAUCGUGCACGACUUCUGCACAACACAUUUUUGCGUCUUUUGAUCCUUCAUUGCUAAACCUCUCGCUCCAUCCGCUCAUGCCUUGCAGGAAGCGCAAGCUUACGCAAAUGAAGAAAACCUUCUGUUCCUCGAGACAUCGGCAAAAGACUCGCACAAUGUGUCCGAGCUAUUUACAAUGAUCGCUCGAAAAUUGCCACUAGAAUCAGCUUCUAAUGCUGCAAGGGCCGGCGGGGCUGGAGGAAGAGGUGGAAGCAGGAUCGAUCCUGCGCAGGGCAGGAACGGCGUGGAUAUCAGAAAUGGGCAGUCAGGACAGGGCGGAGGGUGCUGCUAG